AUGCUUUAUGUGGGUAUUUUUGUGGGACUGGUGUUAGAGUCCUGGUCUUUACCUGUGCAGAACUCCUCACUGGUUCAUCAGACAAGGCUGAGGUCAAAGAGAGAAUAUCCAGAGCAUUAUGUGACGCCUGAGGACAUGAAUGCCAUGGAUAGAAUUCUCAGAGUCAAUCAAUGUAUGUUCGUGUCCAGAGGUUUUCCUUUAAAAGAGGGUGACAUCCUGAGUUCAGGAUCCCGCAGUGCCAUCGCAUGUUUAGGAGAUUCUUGCCGCUGGCCCAGAUCCGUUGACGGUUUUGUGUAUGUACCGUACAUCAUCUCUCCAAUAUAUGAUGAUAUGGACAGAAUCACCAUAGAAACAGGAAUGUUAGACAUUUCCUCUGCAACGUGUGUGAAGUUUGUGCCUCGCACACAUGAAGCAAACUUCCUUCAUAUCCAGUCUAGAACCGGCUGCUGGUCAUAUCUGGGAAUGAUAGGAGGCAGUCAGACCGUGUCUUUGCAGUCUCCUGGCUGUAUGUGGUCAGGAGUGGCAGCUCAUGAGCUAAUGCACGCUCUGGGAUUUGUACACGAACAGUCCCGCUCUGAUCGUGACCACCACGUCUCCAUCCUGUGGGAAAACAUCAUAGACAAUCAAAGGCACAACUUUAAGAAGUAUGAGACAAACAACCUCAAUACGGCAUAUGACUAUAGUUCUGUCAUGCACUACGGGAGGUAUGCCUUCUCAGAGGAUGGCGGACCCACCAUCAUCCCUAAACCAGACCCGUACAUUCCCAUCGGCCAGCGAGACGGGCCAAGUCUGACAGACAUUCACAAAAUAAACAUAUUGUAUAACUGUGGUGGCCGUGUUUGA